UGGCCUGGGGGCUGCCUAGCGAUGGGAAGCAGGCAGGCCCUGGUGGGAGGACCCGGGAUCUGCACUUCAGGAGUUCCUGGCUCGGAGAGAGAACACCCCUGUUGCUAGGGGGCCGCUGAGAGCUGCCUGCCUGCGCAGCCCGGCCGCUCCCUCCUCACGCCGACCCCUGCCUCGCAUGGCAACCGCUAUAGCUGUGGCGCAGAGCCUCGCCCACUGCCAUCCCCACCCUCUCCAUCCUUAGCCAUUAAGCAACGCCGGCUCCUGGCACGUUCUCGCCAGACUCGGGCUCAGAAGAGGAGAGCGAUCCAUCCGGAAGCGCAGGGGGACCGGCCAGGCGACAUGCGGCCGCCGGGAGCCUCCCGGGCGCCUGGGGUCUGAGGCUGUCAGCCAAGACCGGUCAUUGUGAGCGCCACGGGAACCCGCUGGCGCUGCCGUCCCUCCCGGGUCCCUGGACGCGCCACGAUGGGGCACCUGCCCCGAGGAACGCGCGGGGGCCGCCGCCUGCUGCCUCUACUCGGGCUCUUUGUGCUGAUCAAGAUUGUUACAAUGUUCCACGUGACUGUUCAAGAUGACAACAACAUUGUUGUGUCUUUAGAAGCUUCCGAUAUCGUCAGCCCAACAUCUGUGUACGUUGUGAGGGUAGCUGGAGAGUCCAAAAACUAUUUCUUCGAAUUUGAGGAAUUUAACAACACGUUGCCUCCUCCUGUGGUCUUUAAGGCCACUUAUCAUGGUCUUUAUUACAUAAUCACUCUGGUGGUGGUCAACGGGAAUGUGGUCACCAAACCCUCCAGAUCAAUCACCGUGUUGACAAAACCUUUGCCUGUAACCAGUGUCUCCAUAUAUGACUACAAACCUUCUCCUGAAACAGGAGUACUGUUUGAAAUUCAUUAUCCAGAAAAAUACAACGUGUUCAGCAGAGUAAACAUCAGCUACUGGGAAGGGAGGGACUUCAGAACAAUGCUGUACAAAGACUUCUUUAAAGGGAAAACAGUAUUUAAUCACUGGCUACCAGGAAUAUGUUACAGCAACGUCACCUUCCAGCUGGUAUCUGAGGCAACUUUUAAUAAAAGUACACUUGUGGAGUACAGUGGUGUGAGCCAUGAACCCAAGCAACACAGAACAGCUCCAUAUCCUCCUCGAAACAUCUCUGUUCACUUUGUCAAUUUGAACAAGAACAACUGGGAAGAGCCAAGUGGGAGCUUCCCCGAGGACUCAUUCAUCAAACUGCAAAAUCCGAUCGGAAGGGACAGACUCUUCCACUUCCCUGAAGAAACUCCGGAGACUCCCCCGAGCAACGUGUCUUCGGGUUGGCCUGACCCGAACAGCACUGACCACGAGAGCACAUCUCAGCCCUCCUGGUGGGACAGCGCCUCUGCGGCCCCUGAGAACGAGGAGGACUUUGUCAGUGUGCUGCCCAUGGACUAUGACAGCGACACCACGCUCAGCCGGACGGAGAAGCCCACGUCUGACCCUUUCUCUGCCUUCCCCGUGCAGAUGACACUGAGCUGGUUGCCACCAAAACCUCCCACAGCCUUUGAUGGAUUCAAUAUCCUCAUAGAGAGGGAAGAGAACUUUACUGACUAUUUGACAGUGGAUGAGGAAGCCCAUGAAUUUGUUGCAGAACUAAAGGAACCUGGGAAAUACAAACUCUCGGUGACAACCUUUAGUUCCUCAGGAGCCUGUGAGACUCGGAAAAGCCAGUCAGCGAAGUCACUCAGCUUUUAUAUCAGCCCCACAGGAGAGUGGAUUGAAGAGCUGACUGAGAAGCCACAGCACGUGAGUGUCCAUGUCUUAAGCUCAACUACAGCCUUGAUGUCGUGGACAUCUUCCCAGGAGAACUACAACAGCACCAUUGUGUCCGUGGUGUCACUGACCUGCCAGAAACAGAAGGAGAGCCAGCGGCUGGAGAAGCAGUAUUGUACCCAGGUGAACUCAAGCAAACCUGUUAUUGAGAAUCUGGUUCCCGGUGCCCAGUACCAGGUUGUGAUGUACCUAAGGAAAGGCCCUUUGAUUGGGCCACCUUCUGAUCCGGUGACAUUUGCCAUUGUUCCCACUGGGAUAAAGGAUUUGAUGCUCUACCCCUUGGGUCCCACAGCAGUAGUGCUGAGCUGGACCCGACCUUACUUGGGAGUCUUCAGAAAAUAUGUGGUUGAAAUGUUUUAUUUCAACCCGACCACCAUGACCUCAGAGUGGACAACCUACUACGAAAUAGCAGCGACUGUCUCCUUAACAGCAUCCGUGAGAAUAGCAAAUCUAUUGCCAGCGUGGUACUACAACUUCCGGGUAACCAUGGUGACAUGGGGAGAUCCAGAAAUGAGCUGUUGUGACAGUUCCACCAUCAGCUUCAUAACAGCCCCCGUGGCUCCAGAUAUCACCUCCGUGGAGUACUUCAACAGCCUGCUGUACAUCAGUUGGACCUAUGGAGAUGACACCACUGAUCUGUCCCAUUCUAGAAUGCUGCAUUGGAUGGUAGUUGCAGAAGGGAAGAAAAAAAUUAAAAAGAGUGUAACACGCAAUGUCAUGACUGCCAUUCUCAGCCUGCCUCCAGGAGACAUCUACAACCUCUCUGUCACAGCCUGCACCGAGAGAGGGAGCAACACCUCCAUGCUCCGUCUUGUCAAGCUAGAACCAGCCCCUCCGAAAUCACUCUUUGCAGUGAACAAAACACAGACAUCGGUGACCCUGCUGUGGGUUGAGGAGGGCAUUGCUGACUUCUUCGAAGUUCUCUGUCAACAGCUCGGCUCUAGCCAUGAUGCCAAACUCCAGGAGCCGAUAGCUGUUUCCUCCCACGUUGUGACCAUCUACAGCCUCCUUCCGGCCACUGCCUACAACUGUAGCGUGACCAGCUUCAGCCACAACAGUCCCAGUGUUCCGACGUUCAUAGCUGUCUCCACAAUGGUUACAGAGAUGAACCCUAACGUGGUGGUGAUCUCGGUGCUGGCCAUCCUCAGCACACUGUUAAUUGGACUGCUACUAGUGACCCUUGUCAUUCUCAGGAAGAAGCACCUGCAGAUGGCUAGGGAGUGCGGAGCUGGCACAUUCGUCAAUUUUGCGUCCUUGGAGAGGGAAGGGAAACUUCCCUACAGUUGGCGUAGGAGUGUCUUUGCUUUCUUAACCCUGCUGCCUUCAUGUCUUUGGACUGAUUAUCUUUUGGCAUUUUAUAUUAACCCUUGGAGUAAAAAUGGCUUAAAGAAGAGGAAACUAACUAACCCAGUUCAGCUGGAUGACUUUGAUUCUUACAUCAAGGAUAUGGCCAAGGACUCCGACUAUAAAUUCUCUCUUCAGUUUGAGGAGUUGAAACUGAUUGGACUGGAUAUUCCACACUUCGCUGCAGAUCUUCCACUGAACCGAUGUAAAAACCGCUACACAAACAUCCUGCCAUAUGACUUUAGCCGAGUGAGACUAGUCUCCAUGAAUGAAGAGGAAGGAGCAGACUACAUUAAUGCCAACUAUAUUCCUGGAUACAACUCACCGCAGGAGUACAUCGCCACCCAGGGGCCACUGCCGGAAACCAGAAAUGAUUUCUGGAAGAUGGUCCUACAGCAGAAGUCUCACAUCAUCGUCAUGCUCACUCAGUGCAACGAGAAAAGGAGGGUAAAAUGUGACCAUUACUGGCCAUUCACAGAGGAACCCAUCGCCUAUGGAGACAUCACCGUGGAGAUGAUCUCUGAGGAAGAGCAGGAGGACUGGGCCAGCAGACACUUCCGGAUCAAUUAUGCUGACGAGGCACAGGAUGUGAUGCAUUUUAACUACACAGCCUGGCCCGAUCAUGGUGUGCCUCCAACAAAUGCUGCCGAAAGCAUCCUGCAGUUUGUGUACAUGGUUCGCCAGCAAGCCACCAAGAGCAAAGGGCCCAUGAUCAUCCACUGCAGUGCGGGCGUGGGACGAACAGGAACGUUCAUUGCCCUGGACAGGCUCUUGCAGCACGUUCGAGAUCAUGAAUUUGUGGACAUCUUAGGGCUGGUGUCAGAAAUGAGGUCAUACCGGAUGUCAAUGGUACAGACGGAGGAGCAGUACAUCUUCAUCCAUCAGUGUGUGCAGCUGAUGUGGCUGAGGAAGAAGCAACAGUUCUGCAUCAGUGACGUCAUCUACGAGAACGUCAGCAAGUCCUAGUUCUGAGUCCGGAGCAGUGAGGACAUGAUAUCUACCCCUGCUCCCUUGCUUCCGAGUUUUUGUAGGGGCCCUUUAGCUAAACUGAGUCCCUGCUGUGUAGUAUGUGGCCAAGGAGGUGAUUUGCCUCCUAGAACCAAGACUUAGCCUUAAGGAGCUCAUGGUAUCUCUUGGAGUCUUCACUUCUGGACGUUUGAUGGACCAAAUCCCUAGGAUUCCAGAAAGGUCAAAGUGCUCUGCAAAGGGCAGGAAGCUCAACUCUUCCUGACAAGUUAGCUGGCCCUUUGCUGCUUGGGCUGGGUUGAUUUUUUUAAGUGCAAUAAUUUUUGUAUAAUUGUGAUUUUAUCAGAACAUUGGAUUGUUAUCUGCCCACGUCAUUGAUCAAUGUCACAGCCCUGGAAAGAGCUAACAUUAUUACAGAGUUAUACCUCAUGAUUGAAGAGGCAUGGCCACACAGGAAGAAGCGAUAAAUCUACUUUAAAGAAAAUGAGCGAGUGUGAUCCACACUCCAACCUCGGAGCUACAGGAUCAGGAAUGGGUGGGCAGAUGGGGAAGAGAGAGGUUCUACCCACACACAUCAGCCAGCUUAUCUUUUCCUAUUUCAAAGAUGAAAACCUCUGUUUCAAAGUAGAGUAGGAAAAAAAUUACUUGUCUGACUUGUUGUAGUUCCCAGUGGGUUUCUUCCUUGUCGACAGUUGGGAGUUUCUUCCCUGGCCCUUUUGAACUAAUGUCACGGUCCUUUUCAAACAGCCAGAGCUGAUUCGGCAGUUUUGAGUCUGACUCCGACCUCUGUUGCUGUCUGAGCAAUCUUGGUGCCUAGCCUUUGCAUUUAUUUUUCUGUCCACCUGUGUACACAAGAGCAGUUUCUCAGAGAGCUAUAGGCUGUAAAAAUGCACUUUCUUUCCCCACCCAGGAAAGCUGGGAAUCAGAAGUUCUGACAACGGACUAGGCAUGCUAGGACAGCUAUCGGACACCAUCCCUUAAGAAUAUUGUUAGGCGUCUGUAUGGAUUCCGACAGAAGAUUCUCUUGGUUUCUUUCAUUUCUGUUGUCAGAUUCAUUUCAAUUGGUGUAGCUAGUGGCAUAUUAUUCUUUGGAUUUUGUAUGAUUAAAGUACAUGAUUGUGUGUUGUGACCAUGAACGCUGUCAAAAUGAA